AUGCCAACAGUAAUACUCUUAGACGUGUCGCUAUCGAUGUGUCGAUUGGUGUCAUUGAAUGACAACCACAACGACAACCAAUCGGUUCCGACACCACAACAAAGCCAUCUGAAGAACUUAGCCAUCCAUGGGUUGCAGGCAUUGCUUGACUACGAGUCCCAAAACGCGAGACUCGAGUUCACAUCACUGAUGGUCUUCUCGAGUCUGUGGCAGAUAUUAGUGAAAUUCACGCGCGAUUACGAUCAGCUGAAGAACUCACUUCACGACAUCGAGCUCUUCGACAAAACCAAAUUCAUUAAUGGUUUGCGAGGCGUCAAGAAUAUGGUUGUCGAGGAAUGGGGUUCUGAGAUGUCCUGUAAUGUCAUUCUCGUCACCGACGGAAACGCCGCCAUUAAUGCACACCUCAUGGCGAACGCAGCCGAUGGCAGCGGAACCACCGAUUCGGCCGAAGAGGACAUGGAUGUGCAGAGUUGGCCGCUUCCCUUCCCAUUCCCAUCCAAACUACAUAUCGUCUGUUUAACCACUUUGAAUGACAACUCCUUUCAGACAUCGCUUCCAUUCUUUUCGAAACUCAUUGAAAGGAAUUGCGAUCCGAAGACAACAUUUCGCGAACCAUUUCUUGUGAAUCAUAUGUACUCUGGAGGACAGGUUUGGGUUCCCGAGGGAUCGCAACUGUCUUACAAAUCAGUUCAUAAUCUAUUUACAAAAUUAGCGGAAACUAAUUACAAGCCGUUUAGGGGUCGCCUCCACUGCGGGGCGUUGUCCUCACCCAUAGCUCUAUACCCAACACUCGAGAGUUACACUCAAAUCGAUGACUUUGAGACCAUUAAAGCCGAGACAAGUGAAGACAUGUAUAUUUGCGGUUUUAUGGAGAUCGCAGACGUGUCGAGCCCUCCCGUCCACUCCAGACACUUAGUCCUUCCCCUACAGGAAUCCAAAGAAGAGGUGAAAAAGUCCGCAGCCGUUAUGAUCGCCAAUCCAAGCAAUGCUGCCGACUGUGGAUCUGUUGAUAUGGAAGACAUAGUGACGUCGAUGUGUUCAGAUGAAGGCCGUCAGCCAUCCUUUUGUGUUUUACUUCACGGCAGUCUCAAAGUGGAGGGAAUGGUCGCCAUUUGUCAAAUCGGAACUCCCGACUGGUAUGGGAUGCUGUACUCGUGGGCCGACAGCAAAAAGAAGUCAAACUUAAUGCUAUCCACAUUCAAGUGCGGUUCGGAUGCCAUUCCAUGGAUUCAUAGCCUUAAGAAUCUGGGCUUUUCUUCGCUAAGCAUUCCUCAAACGGUUAAUGAAAUCAAUGAAAUCAGCGCUAAAAAGAGUUUCAGUCAGUCGUGUGUUGUUUGGCUGAAACUCCGAAAGGAAGUCAGUCUCGAAGUCUUCUCGGCGGGAAAGCAAACCGAAGAUACGACUGAUCGAAGGGCUUUCCUUCAGUCAGACAUUCAGAAGAUCUUAAGACACGCCCGAAAACUGCCCGAAAAGACGGCACACUUUUACAAAGAAUUAAAUCGCUUCAGAAGAGCCGCCCUUUCGUUUGGCUUCUAUGCGCUGAUCGAAGGGUUGGCCAGUAUUCUGGAGCGCGAGUGCCGAAUGUUACCCGGAUCUGCACAUCCAGAGGCCGCUCUACAACUCACACACGCCGUCACUGCUUUGCGAUUACCCACCGAUGCUGACAGUUAUAAUCAAUACAUUAGUCCACUCGAGACUAAAUUCACCAAUUAA